AUGCGCUCUUUCUGGCUUCUUCUGGCGCUCCGCUGCUGCGCCGGGAGCGUGGACGACGGAUAUGUGUACGAGGAUCUCAGAGUUCUCCGAGAAGUUCUGCAGGCCUUUCAGCCCGAAGCAAAAUCGGAGAAGAGCUACGCUGAGAUUUGUGAAUUGACGGAAGUGACGUGUGUUCGAGUACAGGACCGGUGGCGAGUAAAGGUUCUGGAUCUCUUCACUUACAACACGGGUGGCAUUCUCUCGGAGGCGAUUUGCAGAUUGACGUGGCUCCACGAGCUGCACAUGAGCAAAGUGAAGGGUCACCUGCCUAGCUGCCUUGGCGAGCUUCAAAUGCUGCGUACAUUGAAAAUUGUCGACAGCCGCGAGUUGGUGGGUCAACUGCCGGAGUCCGUGAGCAAUCUUAAGCAUCUGGAGGGCCUGACCAUUCGAGACGUCGGCUUCACAGGGUCGUUUCCGCGCACCCUCUGGUCCCUGCCACGACUGCAGAAAGUGGAUAUUCAAGGUACUGCACAGCUAUCUCAGAUGACCCUGGAGCUGUCUGAGGAGGUUGGUGCACUGUCUCAGCUGGAGUUCUUGUGGCUGACAAACGUGAAGAUCACGAGCCCUCUACCCGAAUCUUUGGGCCUUCUCCCGCGGCUCCGAAAGCUUUACUUGACCAACACGCAGUUGCCACAACCUUUGCCAUCUUCCCUGGGCCUGUUGAGGAAGCUCAAGAUCUUGAGAUUGGACCAGAAUCAGCUGGAGGAGCUCCCGCCCUCAUUGGCAGCCCUGACAGAGCUGACAGAGCUGGACGUAAGGAGCAACAAGAUCAAGGAGUUCCCCCUGUCUUUCACGGCCUUUUCAUCGCUUGUGCAGUGGGACAUUGGAUACAAUCCGAUCCUGGGGGGCCGUGCUCAAUCGCACCGCUGCACGCCGGCAAGACGGGACCCCUGCAUCUUGUUCAAGUCGUCGAAGACCAAGGCAGAGUGCGUCGACGAAGGGAUGCGCUCUCGGCUUGAUGACAUAUUCAAGGCCCUUUUGGACGGGCAGUACGAGACAUACAAAAGCGAGCAGCCAAAGUGCGCGUGUUUCUGGGAAGGGGUGGCUUGCCUCACGACGAGGAAUGGAACUCGAGUGGUUCACCGAGUAGUUGGCAUCAGUUUGCAGACGGCAAGGCUAGAGGGCCAUCUCCCGAGGCAGCUUGGUGAACUCGAAGAUCUGGAGUUCCUCGAUCUUCGUGGGCAGCUGGGAGGCGCAAUCCCGGAGGAGAUCGCCAGUUUGCAGAAGCUGAAGAUACUGGAUCUCACCGGAAAUGCGCUCUCCGGGCCAAUCCCUUCGAAGAUUUUCAGCAUGGAGGCGCUUCAGCUUCUCUCACUGGCAGAGAACCAGCUGAGCGGUGAGCUGGCUUCUGUCAAAAUCGAGAUGCCGGAGCUCUUGGUGUUGAACAUCUCGUUCAACAAGUUGUCGGGUGGGUGCGCGGUGGCCCUAUCCUCAGCGCAGCUGCCGAAGCUACGGUACUUCCACCUUCACAGGAACCUCUUCCAGGGAGUCUUACCCCAAGACCGGAGCUCUUGGCUGGGCUUCCCCAACCUCUGGGAACUGACACUCUCUGGGAAUCAAUUCAGCUUGCGUUUGCCGCCGGCCAUUGCAAACCUGAACCAGCUUCGGGUUCUUGAUAUCUCAGACACGAAUCUCGUGGGCAAGGUGCCGGGAGCGAUGGAGAACAUGUCAGAGCUUAUCCGUUUUGACAUCCACAACAGCAACAUCGACCGAAAGCUUUUGGGGAAGAACCAGAAAUUGGGAGGAGAUGGCUCGAACUGUGCACCGAUGCUCGAGGACCCAUGCCACUUCUUCGCAAGCUCUGACCGCGCACCACUGGAGAAAGCCGUGAGGACGGUCUGGGGUGCUGCGUACUGGCAACGACACGCCUACUCAGCCGACACGCCUUUCUGCUCUUGGUCAGGCGUAACUUGCACCACAGCGAAUGGCCAGCCGAGAGUGGUGCGGCUCAUCCUCGAAGAUGCUUUGAUGUCGGGAUCAGUGGCGAGAGACCUCGGCGAUCUCACUGCACUAACUGAGCUCCGGAUCCGAAGUCGCCGGACGACAGGAGCCCUGCCGAUCUCCCUUGGGCGACUUCAGAAUCUCGAGAUUUUGGAGAUUCAAGGCCCUUUCGAUGGAAACCUGCUGACGUGCCUCUGGCUCGGACAGCUGAAAUCGCUCCGUGUGCUGAUCUUGCGGACUGCCUUCCGUGAUUACACUGACGGCGACACGCUUCCUGACAAGUUCGCCAAUCUGGAGCAGCUGGAGGUGCUGGAUCUUACAGGGAAUCGUGUCCACACAGACUUUGGGGACUUUAUCCGUGAUCUUCCGAGACCGAAGUUGCGGGAACUCCGGCUGAGCGGAAACAUACUGCGUGGGGCGCUGGGGGAGGAGCUCGGGAAAUUCACGAACCUCGAGGUGCUGGCACUGGAUGGGAAUCGUUUGGACUCCACUCUUCCGGGAGGCCUUGCCCGCCUCACAUCGCUGCGUGAGCUGGAUCUUCGAAAUAACAGCUUCGAGGGCAGCAUCCCGACAGAUCUUCGAAAGCUGCCGCAUCUCACACGUCUGGCCUUGGGUAAUAACAACUUCAAGCGGAAGAUUGCAGAGGACAACUGCGCUCCGUUGGACAAGGAUCCAUGUGGGCUUUUCCGCUUCAAGGUGCUUCCUGAAGAUGGCGAAGAACCCUGGCCGUUUAUCAUUGCCUUCUCUCUGCUGCUGUCGGGCAUCUUCUACAGAGACAAGACCUUUAAAGGAGGCAGCGGCGUUAAAGCAGGUGCGAUGGAGCUUGCGGCUGGAAUCGACGAGUUAGCCGUCUAUGAGUGCAGGCGGAAAGCACGCCACUUCGUCGCCUUUGUGGAGGUGUGCCAGCUCUGCUUGGUCAUUGCCGUGCCCAUUCUCUGGCGGCCGCUGCUGGGCUGCAUCUCUUCUUUGACAAUCCUUCUGGGAAAGCUGCUGUUGUCGCUGCUCUUCCACAAGGAGCUUGUCUUGCGUCCAUUGGACCUGCUUCUGCCGGAGGGCUCGUCAGUGCAUUCGCUGCCCUCGAAGGAGAUGGCUUUGCAUGCCGCUCUGCUGAGCUUCGUCGCUACCGGCCUUUGGCUGACGUCUUUGGCGUCUGCGGCACUGCAGAAGCAGACCGUCCUCCAAGACCAGCUUCAGUAUGUCUUCCUCGUCGUGUUCCUAUGGGCGUUGUCUCGUGUCAAGCUUGCUACCAGCAAAGUGCCGUUCGACGAGCAGAACGAGGAGAAGGCGAAAGAGCUUCGGCAGAUCGCGAUCAUCCUCGAGGUUUUCACUCGCGAUGCCGACUGGCGCCGGACGGAGGACAGUACGGUGUCUGUUGACUUCCACCUGCCCUCUCACGCCCAGCGUUCCGGGGAAGAGAUCGAGCUGCAAUCGUCUGCAACGCCUUCCUUGAAAUCCGCGCAGUCCGAUCCGACACCGGCGGCAGAGACUGAAGAUCCGGAGGAGGCGAUACGAUGGGAUGGCGCCGGGCAUCACAGGAUCGGGGUUUCCGUCACUGUCAGACAGAUGUUCGCCAUUGGAGGGCCUACUUCUCUCACUAUGAAGUGGACAGAUGACCGGCGGCACUCAAAGGAAGUCUGGCUCCUCGAGAUGGGUCCCGUUGUUUGGAAUGGUGCAGGCGGAGCGCUGUUCGACAUGGCUUUAGUCCUGCUGAUGCUGCUGCAGAGCCUCGCGCUCUGCCAAUUUGCUCGAGCGGAGCACACCUUCCUGACGAUUUGUUUGAUGGCCACUGUUUGGCGCCUCACGAUUUGGAAUGCCCUAACCUGGAUCAAGUUGCCCAAAGAGAUCGGCACCACGGUCCAGCAGGGCUUCUUCACCGAAGGAAUCAUGCGGGUUCGCAGCGAUGCGUUUGGUGUCGUUGCACCAGUUCUGGCCGUGUCCUCCUGCUGCGUCGCAGCCAUGAGCAAGCCCGACUCAAUUGCCGCAUACGUCAUUCUGUUUGCAGCCCUUGUUCCCAUCGCUAUCACUGCCUGGCAGCUGCGAAUCCAAGAUCGUUCGAACCUCAGCCUUCGCUUCAUCCUCCUGGAGAAGCGCGGCUACCACAACUGGAUUGCAGACGAGACAGCCUCUGCAGCCUUCGUCCUCCGGGGCUCUGGGGCGCCCGCCGAAGCCGACUUGGAGGAAGGUGAGAUCUAUCUUCUCCAACAUGGCGAGGCUGUCCUGGACCAACAUGGCCGCAUCCAGUUCCAGACAGGCCGAAAUGGGCGACUGCUCCGCGAUGGCUUCUUGACGCUCUCCUUCAAGGAGUGCCCGGACCUCACGAGCGAGCCCUGGGAGCCCCGGGGGAAGGCUCCGGAAGAGGAGAAAGUUGGCCACAAGUGCUUCCUCUGCGGCGAGGAGGAUCAUAGCGUCUUCAACUGCAAGUUCUUGGAGCAAGGCGUCGUCAUCAAGUCUCCUCACAUGGAGACCGUUGAGAGGACGGAGCGGAGGUAUCUCUUGCAAACGGCCUUGGAGGCGCAGGGUCUUCAGUGUGAAGCCUGUCGGUGGUACAAGAAGGAGAACACUCCCGGCAUGCUCUAUGCUCGGCUUGGAUCCAAGGAGGAGGCAGACGAGCUUCUCGCAGCCAAGGAGCUCUUGAUCGGGGGCGAGACUGCGCAAGUCUUCGCCAUCAGCCAGAAGGCUGCCCAAAAACGUGAGCCCAAGCAGUGGCCAAAGAAGCGGCCAAAAGCCAAGGCCAAGGCAGAACCUUCGCCUAACUCGGUGACCAUCGAUGAGAGGCGGGCGAAGACGUGUUUCCUUUGUGGCGAGGUGGGCCACGAGGUGGCGUCUUGUCCAUACUGGCGGCAGGGCGUGCAGAUCGUGGGUGCGACGGCCUCUGAAGAAAAAGACCUCGAAGAGUGCCUACGGAACCUCAAGGUGGAGCCAGUAAGCCUUCGUUGUUCCGAGGUCGGAAAGCCACAAUUCGCAGUCCGCCUGGGAAGUGCAAGGCAAGUCCGGGAUUUGGCGAAGAAAAGCAUCAAUGGCCAGCUGAGGCUCCUCGGCCGUGUCCUUCGCGCAUAUCCCUUCCGUGGCGAUGAGUCCAUCUCAGGUGCCGAGCCGGUUGCGCCGGCUGCUCCGCCAGCGCGUGCUGCGAAGCGCGACAGGGCGGCCGAGAUGCAAUUGGCUGGCAUAGAGCGUCGCAACUCGGCCCCGCCGGCGGCAAAAACCGGCGAGGACGGCCAGACGUACGACACCUCCGUGCUCUACGAAGCCUUCUCAGAUCUUUGCGUGCUGAUGGCAGUCCAGAACUUGUGCCCGACUGUGCUGGGGUGCAUGGGCGUGCGGCAGCGCAUGUGGGCAUUGCUCUUGUGCCCUCAGCAGAGGGCGAUGCGGGAGGCGCCGGAAGUAGCUGCUGCCCUGGGAAAGUCGGUAUUCCGGGACGCAGAGGAGAAGGGGCUUCGGAGGGAGGUCGCAAUUGCAUCCUUGGGUUUCGAUGGUCACUUGGCGGCAGGGCUCGGUGGGGACUGCGCCGACGGCGGGGCCUUUCGUGCGGGCAUAUCCGGCUUCGCCUUUGCCGGUGUCCUGGCUCCGCCAUAUGAUCAAGGUUCAGGGACGCAGCCCGCGGGCGUCGACGAGGACGACGCCACCGCCGGCAGCCGUCAACAUGGACAGGCCCGACUGGAUGUUUCCGCCGGGAGCUCGCCCCACCGAUCCACAGAUGCCUUCGUCGAGCUCGACGGCAGAGCGGAGCGAGACCCCGGGCACGAGGGAGUCCUCGACGGACUCGACGACAACCGAAGUGCAAAAGUGACACCCCAAGACCCGGCGCUGGGAUUCAAGCUCUUCCGCCAGGCCCUCCGUCGCUUCCGGCUGGCAGGAUCCAAGGGUGUGCCGAAGACGACGACUUUUCUGGGCAAGGCCCUGCCGCCAGCAGAUGACGAGGAUCCCGCCAUUCUUAUUCAGAAGGCCUACAAGACUGACCCGGAGGAAGCCCUGGAGCAGGUCCUGCGCUUCUAUCAGAGAACGGGCCUCGAGGAGGAGUCGACCAAGAUCUGCGAGGCCGUGGCUUUGUUCCUCGGGCCGAAACGCCUGGACGACCGCUUCGGUUGCCAGGGCCUCACGGCGAUGCACCUUGCGGCUCAAAAAGGCGCGGUGCACAUCAUCAAAGUCCUCCUGAACCAUCGCGCGUCAAUGGAAAAGGCAGACAUGGACCAGAGGACACCCCUUCAUGCAGCGGCAAUGGCCGGGCAACUGAAAAGUGUUCAGUGCCUUCUGGAGGCAAAGGCGAGCGCUGCAGCUUGCGACAAGGCCGGGAGAAGACCGCUGUACUACGCUCGAGGCGAGGAAAACUCUGCCACAUGCGUCUCUGCGCUCCUGUCCAUCACAGGUUUGCAGGCCGAUGCGCCGGACCGCUUCGGCCAGACAGCUCUUUUCGAGGCUGCCAUCCGCGGCGAUGCCAACAAAGCUCUUGCACUGCUGGCUGCGGAUGCAGAGGUAGAUGCACAGGACAAGAUCGGACAGACACCGUUGUUCGCUGCAGUCGAGCACAGACGGCCAGAAAUAUGCCAGCUGCUGCUAGAGGCCAAUGCGGACGUCCAGAAGCCUGACCAGCAAAAAAGUCCGGGCGAGCUCUGUUGGGCCCCGUACCACUGGGUGAGCUCCAUUGUGGGCCCCAGUUUCAACCUGCUGGGCGAGCUCCUUGUGGGCCCCAGCAACCAGGUGAGCUCAAUUGGGCCCUGGUCAACCCUGCUGGGUGAGCUCCUUGUGGGCCCCAGCAACCAGGUCUAUGAUGGUGGACGAUUUCUGAUCUCGAUGGUCAUCGAUUUCGUCUUCGAGGUCCAGGUUGCAUCCUUCGGCUUCGACUUGGAAGGUGGCGCCAGGAGCUGA